AAGAACUUGUACAUCUCCCGCGCUUUAGGAAACGACAGAUGGUCAUGUGACUUUCAGAAACCUUGUAAAAGUAUCUGGCGAGCUGUCAAGUUAGCAUCAAGUGGAGAUCACAUUUAUUUAAACGGCACAGACACUGAAAAAGACCCCUACAACUGCCAAAAAAGUCUUCAUCCUGGACAUCCAGGCCUAGGCACCCCUUUGGAUAACCAGCUUCUCAUUGAUAAAAAUCUCUCCUUCAUAGGACAAAUUCCUAUGCCGCAAAUAAAGUGCACACAGUAUCAACUUCUCUUCCUCAGAUUGAACAAUGACCUGCCGAUGACCGUUACUCUAUCAGGACUACACUUUAGGGAAAGUCUUCUGACAUUUCAAGAUUUUUCCGCUUUGAUUAAUGGCUGCAUAUUUGAAGGUGGAGAGCAGAGUACAAAGUUCCUAGUGGAACAAGCACUGACUUUGAACAUUGAAGUUACAAAUUCGACGUUUAGAAAUAUUAGAAGUGGCAUCUCAGUAAAUGCUUAUGGUCCACGCAUUAAAACAAGGCUCCUGGUGAAAAAUACUUCUUUCGAUGUGAGUGCAUCGCAAGACGAAGAGAACUGCAUUGACGUAACUGUGAAUGAAACAGAUUGCAUCCUAGAUUCCGUUACGUUUACCAGCCAGAAUGCGCUCAUCACCAGCAAACCAAAUCAGUUCUGGGAUCGAAAAAAUCAGAGUGGAUUUACGGUUAACAGCAGCAUCGCCAACAUUUCAGUAAAGAAAAGCAUAUUCAUAGGCUCAAACGCAGGAUUCGAAUUUCUAAAUCUCUCUACAUUAAGACGGCUUUCAUUGCAAAUCAUAAAUUCUAACUUCACUAGACACACAGGGGAAGGCUAUGGCCCAGUUAUGUCAUUAAAAGGAAAGCAGUGUCAGAUAGACGUUUCAAACUCAUCAUUUUCCAACGCGAUGUCUAUAUUACACGGUGGAGCUAUCAGUAUUGAAUGCCCCCGAAUAAAGCUGGAUUUUCAAGAAAAUAUUUUUAAAGACACAAGGGCCAUCAAAGGAAAAGGAGGAGCCUUGUACAUCUCCACAAACGAUCCUUAUCCAUCCUCAAAGUUCGAGAGUGAUGAGCUCUAUCAAUUAAAUAGCAUCAACAUCUCUAAAUGCCGCUUCAGUAACACAUCUAGUUAUUUAGGAGGAGGUGCCUUUGGCCUUGAUAGCAACAGUACACAUACGUUAACAGUAAGCAUUUACGACUCUGCUUUUAACAACUGUGCGUCGAGCACAUCUGGAGGAGGAGCAAUAGCUUUAAAUUCAUUUUCAUUGUUGACGUUGACAUUAAAUGUUAUAAAUUCGACUUUUAGCAAGUGCAAAUCAGCAGGGUGCACAGAACAUGGUGGAUCGUUAGACGUGUCUUCCGGUGGCCAAACACAGGUUUUUGUCAAAAACAGUAAUUUUACGGGCAAUACUGGGCACCAUGCCCGUGGUGGCGCUUUAAACGUUGAGAUAACAAGAAAUGGAAACGGAAAUGUUACAGUAGAAAACUCAAGGUUUACAAACAACAUUGCACAUCAAGGUGGUGCUAUGUUUUUACAGCUGAACAGGAAAAGCACUGUUACAUUUCAAAAAGUCAUCAUGGAAUCAAACAAAGCAAACGGACCCAAAGGACGUGGAGGUGCCGCCAUAAUUUUUAACAAUUUAAAACUAGAAAUAUUGCAAUCUACAUUUCAGAACAAUCAAGCUGGUGAAUGCAGCGCAAUUUGCAUGAAUGACACACAAAGUAUCUUAGUGGCGGACUCUUUAUUUGACAAUAAUUUUCGUGAUGUAAACCAUCCUUAUGACGAGCCUGGUUCAGGAGCUCUUUCAGCCAUGAGUAAAAGUAACGAUUCAUUGUCUAUAAGAAUAUUGAACACGAAAUUCAUAAAUUGUUCAGCUGCAAAAGGAAGUGCAAUAUUCGUCAAACAUUCAAAUGGCAAUGCGAGCUUUGUUCUUAACAGGUCUCAUUUUGUGAAUAAUUCAGCCAUUGGUGGCUUAGAUAGAGAAAAGGGAUACGGUUACGGAGGUGCCGUUUUACUGUCACUAGCACCCAACUCGCCAUUCCAGUGUGGAUGUGCCAAGAGUUUUUCUAAUUUUUGUGGAAAAGGCGGACCAUAUAGAGAAUGCCGAAGACCACUCCACGAAGGACGUGUUCUCGUAGAAGAUACAAAGUUCGAAAAAAAUCGCGCGGAAUUUGGAGGAGCAAUACAUUUGGUUAACGGAAAUGUUUUUUUUCGGAAGUGUAAUUUCACUGAUAACUUUUCAUCUACCCAUGGCGGUCAUAUUCACACAAAUGAUGGUUCAACAAGUCUCAACAUACAAGGCUGUCUCUUCAGAAGAAGCAAAAAGUACUUAAAAUUCGGACAAAGGAAAUUAACUAGGAGCUCUUUUAUUCACACAGAAAGUGCAAGAUCGUUGAAAAUUCACAAUACUACACUGGACGCACUUCUGGAUUCCCAGCCUCAUGCCACUACAUUUACUCUACUUGCUGUAUAUGAUAGCAUUGACAAUAAUUUGAAAUUUGGGGACUCAGCGUUUUAUUGUCCAAAUGGAAGUCAACUGGAGAGGUUAAAUUUCUCAAGUGUCAUACCAAUGCGUAAUCAUAACGACUGCAAAACGUUUAAUAUAACAACCCGUAGAUACGACUGUAAGGUAUGUCCAAUACACACAUAUAGUCUGCAGCGUGGGAGUGUGUUUGAAGAUAAUAAAACAGCCCUGCAGUGCCACCCAUGCCCUUUUGGAGCAGAUUGCACUGGUAAUAUAAGUGCCAAACCUGACUUUUGGGGAUUCAAAAAUCAUUUAGAUCCACCAACACUGAAGUUUACCAUGUGUCCUCAUGGUUAUUGCCGUCCUCCAAAGAAAACAGACUUUUCCGAAUACAAUGGCUGCCAAGGUAACCGUUUUGGUAAAUUAUGUGGACAGUGCAAGGUGAAUUACUCAGAAUCACUUUACUCUGCAACCUGCCGACCUUCACAAGAGUGCAAAGAUUAUUGGUUUUGGCCUCUGGCUUUUCUAUAUGUAUCAUUCAUGGCGCUAUACUUUACAUUUAGGACAAUGGUCUUGCCAUGGAUCAAGCGUCAACUCCUAUGGUUCAAGGAUGACCUAGAUGAUGAAAUGGAGAACAGCUUCGAUAGUGGAUACUUGAAGAUUAUCUUUUACUUCUACCAGGCAGCAGAUCUUCUACUCAUCUCCAAAUCAUCGAAAAUCAUUAUAAAAACUCAUGUUAUUGAGCCCUUCAUGGGGUUCUUUAACUUCCAACAAAGGCUUUCUCUUGGUGGGUCACUUUGCCCUUUUCCAGGACUCACAGUUCUGUACAAAAAGCUGUUUUCUUCCUGCCAUGUGGCUGGUACUUUCGUCAUGAUUUGUGCCUUCUACGCUUGUCACUAUUGUGUCCAGAAACUCCGAGGUCAGAAAUAUCCAUCACCACAGCCCUAUUUAGGCGGUAUUCUACGUACGAUGUUGCUUGGGUAUAGCACAUUAGGGUCCACCAGCUUCAGUUUGCUGCGUUGUGUUCCUAUUGGCUCUGAGAAACGCUUAUUUUACGACGGAAACAUUGUUUGUUUUCAGUGGUGGCAAUACAUCUUGAUCGCUUUCGUAUUUGUUUCUUUUGUGCCUUUUGUUGUUGUUUUGUUUUGGGGCUCGUUUAAGUUGUACAGUGGAACCAUUUCUACAGGAAUUUUUAUCCUUGCCUGUUGUUUUCCUUUACCGCUUCUUCUCUAUUGGGCCUUUGCCGCCAAGUUUUGUAAGGCGAGCAAUCUAUACUAUAGAGGCUCGUUUACGAGGGAGACAUCGAGGAACUCUGCAGAGAGGGUUCUUUAUGACUCUUUCAAGAGACCAGAGGAUGGUGGAAAACUUUCACUGAGCUGGGAAAGUGUUAUGAUUGGGCGCCGGCUGGUUUUGAUCGUGUUCAAGGUCUUCAUCAAUGACCCAAUGCCGCGUCUGCUUCUUAUGACCUUCUUCAGUGUUCUGUUUCUUCUCCACCAUGCCCUGACGCAGCCGUUUCGAGACAGCACGGCCAACAAAGUGGAAACCAUCUCACUUCUAUUUCUCGUAGUUUUGGCAAUUGUCAAUGUCUUUUUUGCUUCUUUUAUGUCCCUGGCUGUUCCAUUUAGCGAUCAUUUUAGUUUCUGGUGGGACAUUUGCCAGGGUGUGGAAAUUGUCAUUCUCUGUUUUGUGCCUGUCCUCUUUGGAAUUUUCUUGGCGAUUACAAUUUUAUCACAAUUGUGUCGAAUGGUUGUUGCAGUG